GGGGCCCAGACACCGCCCCUGUGCCCCCACUGGACCUGCUUCUGCAGACUUUGCAGACUUACCAGUAGAAGGGUGUCCCAGGACUGGGAGGUGGCUCCCCAAGACGGUGAACACAAAUGACCAUGCUGAGGAAGCCCAGGUUCCAGGAGGACCCCGCAUAGCACCAGGGGAAGCUCCACGAAUGGUGGCUCUCUGUCUCUGUCUCCAAUCAAGGAGCAGUGGAACCAAGUGAAAAAAUAAAGAAAUGAAAUUAGUCUGAUCCCCAGCCCUGAUUUUUUCUGAGCCUUCUCCCAGGUCAUCUCCCUCCUGCACCUCACCUGGUGCCACCCCUCCCUGAUAUACCUCUGACCCCGCCUCCCAACCUGAGGCCAGUUGGCGGGGGAAAGUUCAAAGAUCAGGCAGAAAAGGAGGCUUCAGAGUGUCCAAUCCCUGAGUCUCUCUACCAGCCGCACAGCCCACUUCUCAAGAACCCCAAGGGACAUUCCUCUUCCUCUGCGGCCUCUGGGUGUGCUGAGCCGCUGGAAUGGGGGACCCCACGGCCUCCUCUGAGAAGACCCCGGAGAAGCGGCGUCUGGAAGCUCUGAGUUCCUAUCAGUUUGUGUUGACUUUCCUCUUCAUGGGCCUCUCCUGUUCCCUCCUCAUCCUCUGGCUUCUCUUCACGUCUCUGUGGCUCCUGUCCGUGCUCUACUUGGCCUGGCUCUUCCUGGACUGGGACACCCCCCACCAAGCCGGACGGCGUUCGCAGUGGGUCAGAAACUGGCCGAUCUGGAGACACCUGCGGGACUAUUACCCCAUCAAGCUGGUGAAGACGGCGGAGCUGCCCCCUGACAGGAACUACGUGCUGGCGGCACACCCUCACGGCAUCAUGUGCACAGGCGUGGCCUGUAACUUCUGCACUGAGAGCAACGGCUUCUCCCAGCACUUCCCGGGGCUACGGCCCUACCUGGCCACCCUGGCCAGCCUCUUCCACCUGCCUGUCUACCGGGAUUACCUCCUGGCCCUGGGGAUGUGCCCGGUGAGCCGGCAGAGCCUGGAAGCCAUCUUGGCGCAGGCACAGCAGGGGCAGGCUGUGGUCAUCCUGGUGGGGGGCGCCCACGAGUCCCUGUAUGCAAGGCCCGGGGAGCACUGCCUCAAGCUGAGGGGCCGCAAGGGCUUUGUGCGCCUGGCACUCAGGAAUGGGGCCUCGCUGGUGCCUGUUUACUCUUUCGGGGAGAAUGACGUUUUCCGGCUCAAGGCCUUCCCGGAAGGUUCCUGGCAGCACCGGUGCCAGACGGCCUUCAAGAACUUCCUGGGCUUCGCGCCCUGCCUGUUCUGGGGCCAAAGCAUCUUCUCCAAUCGUGCCUGGGGCCUGCUCCCCUUCGCCAGCCCCAUCACCACCGUGGUGGGGAGCCCCAUCUCCGUGCCCCAGCGCGCCAACCCCAGCCAGGAGGAGGUGGACCACUACCACCGCCUCUACAUGGAGGCCCUGGAGCGGCUGUUUGAGGAGCACAAGCAGGACUGCGGAGUGCCGGAGGCCACGCACCUCACCUUCAUCUAGCCCCAGCACCCUACUCCCCCAGCCCUAGCUGGGGGCCCAGAAACGCCUCCCCUGCCCGCCCACUGGUGCAGUAUUCGUCCACUUGAGUCUUUCCGUGCUACUUUCCAUCUCUCUGUCCAAUAAAUGAAUAAAUUAAAGAGUUUUUAAACACCUUUUAAAAAAUAUAUAU